CGGUUGGAGGCGCAACUGUAAGGCGUGUUGGCUCCUUGCGCACACGAAUGAGAAGAGGGCUCCUUUCUAUUCCCUAUUCAUCUUGACCCUAAACCACGCUCGAAUUCCAGCGUCCGAGUUCUAGUGGCUGCAGACUCGGCCGAGAUUUCUGAAAGAGAAUCGAUGUUCACUUGCUACCGAAGCACAUACCAGUAGCUCGCUCCUUCCACCUUCAAUUUUCAUCCCGACAUUCUCGCCCAGCAAAACCAGCCACGCUGGACAUCAUGUCACUGUCAACUCUACCACCCGAACUUCUCACCCACAUCAUCAACCAAGUCGAUGCCAAAGAUCUUUCCAAUCUACGACUUGUUUCCAAAAACCUGCAGAUCGUUUCGACCCCAACUUUUGGAGAACGAUGUCUCCACAAUCUAGCAUUUAUGUUUUCCGAGUACAGUCUCCAACAUCUGGUACAAAUGACGGAGAGUGGAUUGGGGAGAUAUGUCAAGAAGAUCAUGUUCGGAACGCAUGUGUUGAAGAUCAAGACCGAAGAAGAAUUGGCUUGGGAGAAAUGGGAGAUGCAAGAGGAUGAGGAAGAUGAGAUGACGGAAGGAGAGCUUGAAGAGCUGGAUCGUGAGAUGGCCGGAAUGAGUGCAGAUGAAGACGGUGAUGAGGAGAAUGGAGGAGACAGAUUUGGACAUCUGGAGGAAGCAUCAUUUCGAGCCGGACACGACUUUCACACCAGCAUUGCCCAAGGGACCACGGGACUGGACAACAAUAAUGCACAUGUCAGAUCUGAAGACCCAGAGACAGUGAUCUCAAACAACUCCAGAUCCAGACAGGACUCGUAUGAACACGACACCAUGCCUCGACUCACGACUACCUUUCAGCAAAAAGCCAUUACCAUGACAAGAUUCCUAGACUCCGGCAGACACAUCCAACUCAUGACUCAAGCAUUCACGAACCUCAAAAAUCACGGCGUAGAGACCACUCUAGGCUUCUUCGAUGACGCCGUUCUCGUCGACAAAACUGGCAAAGAGUUGUGGUGUUUGGGCCGAAAAUGUCACGGCUUCGAUCAAUUCUACAGCGGACGACUAAACAACAAGACAGAACCAUCAUCAUCGUCAAUGAGUCCAGAUUUCCGAAGACUGAUGCCAGACCUGGUAUUCACAAGCUUGCUCAAAGCUACGGAAGCCGCCGGCUACACAGUGAAAAAUCUACAACUGGAUCUGGUAGAAGGAAAAUCAUGGCCAUUGUCCGAGCAAGGAGGUGUGCAAAUCCCACUAGAACGCUGGCUAUUCGAACCUUGUCAUCAAAAAACAACUCCUGAUGGUAUUUCCAUACUCACACCAGGACUGGAAUGGAAAGUCAACGCAGUGCUGGAGGAAAGCAUUCUAGCACAUUUGCACAUUUCAACUUCUGCCCGCAGUCUCAGAUUCUCCUCUGUCGAUCUCGCGGCCAAUGCAGAAGAACUGCACGCCAAAAGGCAGAAAGCAUAUUUCAGUAAUCUGUAUGAUUAUGGAAUGUAUGCCAUAUCCCUGGGCGAUCACGCUUUCGUCGAAAUCUCCCUGACAUCCUGCUCCAUGGAUAUAGUAGAUAUGAUGGACUUUCUACGCAGCCAACAUAAAAGUCUGCGUUCGCUGACUCUAGCACAAGUGGAUUUGGAUUUUGACGACAAUGCUUUGGAGCAAGAGCACACACCACUAGCAUUCCUAGGAUUGAUGAGGAAUGGUUUACAACUGGAGUAUCUAAUGAUUGAUGAGAUAAGGAGCGCCGAGCACAAAUUCAGAUUCAUCGGUGGAAGAGGAAAUAUCUGGACUUCCAAAAAGGAGAUUCAAGAUGGGUUGGAAGCGGAUAUGUAUAGGGAAGAGACUGGCAAAUAUUCCGUGGACACCGAAUACCUGAAGCAUCAACCCUCGAUGGUCGGACUGGCUGUCGUCGAUGAAGUCGGUAUUGGUGCAAAACGUCUGGGAGAAGAUGGUGAUGAGGACGAUGAUCGCAACUUAUCGGCGUCCGAGGUUUCACAAAACAUGAUACAUGAAUAUCAGAUGCCACCGUAGCUUGAAAAUCAGCGAGCUACAAAGGAGCCCCCAACUGUUUGUUUACACGUUCCAACGUCUCAACUAAACCAUCUGUGAUGGAUCGUGUCAAGUGAUCUACUGGAAGAGGUUUUUCUCAUGUCAGAAAAGCAGUGUCAAGCGAGCGAAGCAAAACUCGCCCUGAGGCAGGAGCACCCGGGGGUUGCGAUAUCGAUUUGUUGGGCCUGACCCUGGAACAAUAU